AUGGCCGGGAAGAAGGGGGAGCCCAAAAAGGAUGCGGAAGCCAAAGGGAAAGGGGGCAAAGGGAGAGGGAAGGAUGGAAAGAAAGGCAAGAAGGAGGCACCCAAUGAGUCGGAGGAGACGUCGGAUACGGAGCUGCUGAAGGAGGAGGAGAGUGAGGAGCCGGAGGUGGUGGUGGAGGAGGAGAAGGAUGAGGAGGAGGAGGUGGUGGAGGAGCCCAAGAAGGGGAAGGGGAAGGAGAAGAAGGGGGUGCUCAAGGGGGUGGUGGGGAAGAAGCCAGGCCGGGGGAAGAAGGUGCAGCUGGAGCCGGAGGAGCAGGAGGGUGGCAGUGAUGCUGCACCCAAGAAGAACCUGAAGGGCACAUCCAAACUGGUGCUGGGGCUGUCGGCCGUCAACAUCAAGAAGAAGAAAGGAGCCAAAGGGGGUGCAGAGACCAAAGCACUGGUGGAGCCUGGCCCGGCUGAGGAAGAGGAGGCAGCGGCACCGAAGGCCCGGGCCAAGCGGAGCCUCCGCAGCACCUCCAGGCUCUUCGUGGGCUUACAGAAGCUGGGCUUGCGCCGGCCUAAGAAGGCUCAGUUCAAGAACACAUCUCGGUUCUUCUGGGGGCUGCACAAGCGCAGCACCCACCGCAGGAGGAAGAAGAAGAACAAAGCAGUGCUCAAAUCCACCUCCAACCUCAUGGUGCGCUUCAAGCGCGUGGGCAAGAAGAGGAAGGACACAUCCGGCACCGCGGUGCCAGCAAAGCCAUCCUUCCUGCUGCUGCGGCACAGCCCGGCGGGCACCGAGGACGGAGCAUCCCUCUUCCGACGGCGGCCGGAGAGGAAAUUCAAGCCACGGGCACAGGUGCUGAGCAAAGCGGCUGCAGCCACCGGUUGGUUGGCCAAGAAGGUGCUGAGCCGGCGCGGGAGGCUGGCGGGGGGCGGCCGUGCCGCAGACACGGCCUGGCUGUCCCGGAUCGGUGCCAGGAAGCUGCCGUUCCCUGCGGAAGAUGAGAUCCUCCGGCACAGGGCCAACAUGAAGCGCAUCCCCGGAGGCAGCAGGAGGAUGUCGCGGCGCGGCAGCAUGGCAAGGAGGCCGUCCCGGCGGCGUUCCCAACGCGGGUCCACGGAGGUGCCGGUGCCGCGGUAUGGGUGGGCUGAGGAGGAGGAUGGAGCUUACAGGCACCGGCGUGGCUAUGGCAAGGAGGAGGAUGGAGGGUAUGGAUCCAGGAGGGGCUAUGGCAAGAAGGAAGAUGGAGCCUAUGGCCGCUGGCGUGGCUACGGCAAGGAGGAUGAUGGAGCCUAUGGUCCUCAGCGCGGCUACGCAGAGGAUGGAGACUAUGGCCCGUGGCACAGCUACAGUGAGGAGGAGGAUGGAGCCUACGGCCCUCAGCGUGGCUACAAUGAGGAGGAGGAAGGCUAUGCCCAAGCCCCAGCCUACCCUGCAGCGUACGGCUAUGAGGACGUGGGGCCGAGCCCUUACUCUGACUACCCUGGCUAUGGGGCAGAGCAGGAUUAUGGCUUCUAUGGGGGGGGUUGGGAGGAGGGAGACCCCCAGGGACCCCCCUAUGGCUAUGGGGAGCUGGCGGACGAGGCAUCAUUUGCUGGUGGCUCCCCCCUUGCCCUCUAUGACCCCUAUGGCAGCGACCAGGAGUACAGCGAGGACACAGUGGGGCCUUUGGGCUACAGGGGGGACCCCUAUGAGGACUUUGGGGACUACCCUGGGGGUGAGUACCCCGAGCACCGCAUCCAGUACAGCGAAGGGGGGUGGGCGCCGCACGCCCAGUCCUGCAAUCCCUAUGCCCUGGCCCUGGAGGAGAUAGCGGAGGCCGGAGAGCCGGAGGAGUGGGAUGAAGAGGAGGAGGAGGACAAGGAGUAUCCGUUCCCCAUCCUCAGCUCCUCCUCGCUGCGGGGCAUGCGGGACACGCUCUCCUCCAAGCUCUCCCUCAACCGCAAGUUCCGGCUCUUCCCCCGGCCUCAGGUCAAGCUGUUCGGCAGGGACCGCCUCGAUGUCCCCCUCCCCCCGUCCCCCCAUCUGCCCCCGGGCCGGGAUGAGGAUGACUACGAUGAGUACGAGCCCCCGGUCCCCAGCCCCACUGCCCCCCGCGGCCGCCGCGUUGCCGCAGCGCGGUCGUGCGGGAGCCCUUUGGGACAGUUCCUGCAGCGCUCCCUCUCGCAGCCCCUCAGCCGCCCUCCGAGGGCUGCAAUGGGGCCCCGGGACCGCCGCGCCCCACAACCCUCCUAUAGGCACUCGGGCCGCAGGAUGGACAGCGCCGCAAUGGGGCCGCGGGACCCUUCCCCACCCUGGGGGCAGCCCCGGCUCCCGUCCCUCCGCAACCCCUUCGCCAACGUGGGGCGCUCCCCAUCGCCCCCCCCGGCCCGGCAGCGCCCGGAGCCCCCACGUCGCUCCCCUUCCCUCGGUGCCAGCAUCCGCCGGUUCGGCCCCGAGCCCCCAGCGCCGCCUCCAUCCCCGGGCCCCGGGGGGAGGCGUUUGGGGAGCCCCCGGUCCCUGCGGCAGAGCAGCCCCCCUGGGCUGCCGCUGCCCCAGGCCUGGCCCCGGCUCCCUGAGCCCCCCACCAAGGCUGUGAAGCCGCUGCAGAGAUCCCCCUUUAUGGCAUCGUCCCGGCCCGGCAGCCGCCGCCUCGGCCCCUCUUGGGACGCGGAGCUGCCCCCUUGGCAGGGCGCUGCUGCUGGGGUGCCCCCCCCUCCCAGUCCCGCUCCUGGUACCCCCAAAACCUUCAUCCAACGCAUCGGGCAGCCCCUUGCCGGGAUGGCUCCGCGCUCCCCCCCGGCCCGGCCGUCCCCUGCCGAACCGAGCAGCCCCAUACGCUCCAUGGGGCAAUCCCUGGCAUCGCUGCUCGUGAGGAGCAUGGCCCCUUCUGCAACCCCCCCAUCCCCACCGCCCGCCCGCCGCGCUUCCUCCCGUUCACCCUCCUCUCCCCAGCGCCCAUCCCGACGGGACGGGAGCACCCGUAGGUCACCGAGCCCUCCCCCGGCGCACCGGGGCUGGACCGACCCCGGGCCCCCUAUGGCCCCGUCCAUCCCUCGCGGGGACCGGAGCCCCUCACCGCAGCGUCAGGCCUCGUUCCCAUCACCCCGCGGCAGAGCCCCCGGCUCCCCGGCCACCCCCCGCCGUGGCCCGGAGGCCGUCGAGGGUGAUGCUCUGUCCGGGGAGGAGGGCUUGGGGCGCUACGCGGUGGUGACGCCGCAGGUACAGAGGUUGGGCUCCUUCCGACGGGCGUCCCGCAUGUACAAGCAGCACUGGUCCGCGCAGCACGUCGUGAGGGUGCGGGAGAUGCCCGACCUCUGGACGGCAGAGCAGGGACCCCCCCAGCGGCCCUCCCAGCGCGGCCGGCGGUGGGGGAGCCAUCGGGGAGCCGACAUCGGCCGGUACCUGAGCCAGCGGCCGUCGGGGGGCGGCUGGAGGGAGCGGCACCCCUGGGCCGACGGGUACCUGGGCAGCAAGCAGCCCUGGCGCAGCAAGAUGCAGUCCCUGUGCAGCCUGCCCAUUGUGCGGUACCAGGAGCCACAGGAGGAGGAUGGACUGGAGGACAUGACCCAGCUGGAGGACCUCCAGGAGGCAGCGGUGCUGAGCAACAUCCGGACACGGUUCGAGCGCCAGCUCAUCUAUACCUACAUCGGCAGCAUCCUGGUGUCGGUGAACCCAUACCGGCUCUAUGACAUCUAUGGCACAGAGCAGGUCCUGCAGUAUGAGGGCAGAGCCCUGGGCGAGAACCCACCGCACCUCUUUGCCAUCGCGAACGUCGCCUACUCCAAAGUGAUGGAUGCCAAACACAACCAGUGUAUCAUCAUCAGUGGGGAGAGCGGCUCAGGGAAGACUGAAGCCACCAAACUGAUCCUGCGGUACCUGGCAGCCGUCAGCCAGAAGCGCAGCACUGCCCCACAGAUAGAGAUCCUGGAGGCGACCCCUUUGCUGGAGUCCUUCGGCAAUGCCAAAACCGUCAGGAAUGAUAAUUCCAGCAGGUUUGGGAAGUUUGUGGAGAUCUUCCUGGAGGAUGGUUUGAUCUGCGGUGCCAUAACCUCGCAGUACCUGCUGGAGAAGUCCCGUGUGGUCUUCCAGGCCAAGAGCGAGCGCAAUUACCACAUCUUCUAUGAGAUGCUGGCAGGGCUGCCUGCGCAGCAGCGGCAGCGGUACUGCCUGCAGGGCGCCGAGACAUACUACUACCUGAACCAGGGUGGGAACUGUGAGAUUCCCGGGAAGAACGAUGAGGAGGAUUUCCAUCGCCUGCUCAGCACCAUGGAAGCGCUGAGCUUCAGUGUGGAGGAGCAGAACAGCAUCUUCCGCAUCCUCUCCUCCGUCCUCCACUUGGGCAACGUCUACUUCGACAAAUACGAGAGUGACUGCCAGGAGGUGGCCAUGGUGGUGAGCGCCACGGAGAUCCGGACCGUGGCUGAGCUGCUGCAGGUGUCCCCCGAGGGCCUGCAGAAAGCCAUCACCUUCAAGGUGACGGAGACGCUGAGGGAGAAGAUCUUUACCCCUCUGACUGUUGAAAGUGCUGUGGAUGCCAGGGAUGCCAUUGCCAAGACCCUCUACUCCCUGCUCUUCGGCUGGCUCACCGACCGCAUCAACAAGCUGGUGUACCCGCGGCAGGAGGCCCUCUCCAUCGCCAUCCUGGACAUCUAUGGCUUUGAGGAUCUCAACUUCAACAGCUUUGAGCAGCUCUGCAUCAACUAUGCCAAUGAGUACCUGCAGUUCUUCUUCAACAAGAUCGUGUUCCAGGAGGAGCAGGAGGAGUACCUGCGGGAGCAGAUCGAGUGGAAGGAGAUCCCCUUCAGUGACAACCAGCCUUGCAUUGACCUCAUCUCCCAGAAGCCCUAUGGGAUCCUGCGCAUCCUGGAUGACCAGAGCUGCUUCCCCCAGGCCACCGACCACACGUUCCUCCAGAAGUGUCACUACCACCAUGGGACAAACCCACUGUACACCAAGCCGAAGAUGCCACUGCCCGAGUUCACCAUCAAGCACUACGCAGGGAAGGUGACCUACCAGGUCCACAAGUUUUUGGAUAAGAACUAUGACCAGGUCCGUCAGGAUGUGCUGGACCUGUUCCUCAGCAGCAGGACCAAGGUGGUGGCCAACCUCUUCUUCGGCCAUGCCCAGGUGCUGGCGCGGCAGAGGAGCCUCAUGAGGAGGAGCAGCACCAGGACACGCCGGUACAAGGCUCCCACUGUGGCCGCCCGCUUCCAGCAGUCACUUCUGGAGCUGGUGGAGAGGAUGGAGAGGUGCAACCCCUUCUUCGUGCGCUGUCUCAAACCCAACAACAAGAAGGAACCAGGGCUCUUUGAGGCUGAUGUGGUCAGCAGCCAGCUGCGGUACUCAGGGAUCCUGGAGACCAUCCGCAUCCGCAAGGAAGGCUUCCCCAUCCGCAUCCCUUUCCUUGUCUUCAUUGACAGGUACCGCUGCCUCGUUGACAUGUGGUCCAACGUCAUUCCCAACGGCUCCAACUGCGUGGAGAUGCUGAGGAGCCUCUGCCCCGUCAGCCCCAGCAUGUACUACGUCGGUGUCACCAAGCUCUUCCUGAAGGAGCAGCUGUACCAGGCCCUGGAGAGCAAACGUGCCCGUGCCCAUCACUUGGCUGCACUCACACUCCAGCGCUAUGCUCGCACCUUCUUCAUCAAGAGGCGCUUCCGCUCGCUCCGAAGGAAGAUCAUCCUGCUGCAGAGCCGGGCAAGGGGAUACCUGGCCAGGCAGCGGUACCGGCGCAUGCGGCGCACGCUCAUCAAGUUCAGGUCACUGGUGCACAUCUAUGUGAACCGCCGGCGGUACCUCAAGAAGAAGGAGGAUGCCCGCCGGCGGGCAGAGGAGGAGAAGGAAAGGAUGAAGCAGGAGCUGACCAGGAGGGAGGUGGUGGACGUCACCCACCUGGAGAUCCCGGCCGAGCUGAUGGGGCUGCUGGAGGCGGCCGCAGCCGCCCGGGAGGUGAACGCCGGCUGCGUGGUGCUGGUGCCGCCGCCGGCUCUGCAGCCCGACCCGCAGCUCACGCUGCCGCUCGACAUCAACGACUACCCCAUGGCCAAGUACGUGCGGGGCCACUUCCAGGAACCAGCGUUCGGGAUGCUGACUGCCCCAUUGAUGGCUCCUCUCACCCGGCUGGAUGAGGAGCUGUGCCACGAGGCGCUGAGCCUCUUCCAGCUGAUCCUGCGGUUCAUGGGGGACCCUGCGCUGGGAGGCUCACAGGAGACCCUGUUUGGCAACUACAUCGUGCAGAAGGGGCUGUCGGUGCCGGGGCUGCGGGACGAGCUCCUGGCACAAGCGGCCAACCAGGUCUGGCGUAACACCAACGUCAACAACGAGGAGCGGGGCUGGCUGCUGCUGGCCGCCUGCCUCAGCGCCUUCCCCCCCUCCGCUGCCUUUGACAAGUACCUGCUCAAGUUCGUCUCUGACUACGCCUUCGCUGGCUACAAGCCGGUGUGCCAGCGCAAGCUGAUGCACGCCAUGGCACGGUCCCAGCUGGGCACCGCGGCCGCCAGAGCCUACCCCCCAUCACUGCUGGAGUGGACGGCGAACCGGCAGCAAGCCAGCAUGGCACUGGACCUGCACUGCUUCAAUGGUGACCAGUUCUCCUGCCCUGUCCACUCCUGGGCCACAGGCGAGGACCUGGCAGGGGAUGUCCUGAAGCACAGGGGGCUGGUGGAGGGCUGGCGGGGCUGGUCCGUGGCCAUGAAGGCUGGUGCCCAAUGGGCCGAGCUGGCUGGUCAUGACUAUGUCCUGGACCUCAUCUCCGACCUCGAGCUGCUCCGUGGCUUCCCCAAGCAGAAGUCCUGCUUCCUGGUUGCAUGGGAUGGAGCCGAGAGCCACAGCGGGGACAGCCGGGCGGUGUUGGGACACGGCUUGGAUUUGGAUGAAGUGCCUCCUCCUCCAGCUGUGAAAGCCCCAACGCUGCCAUCCACAGAGAUGUACCAUCCCCAUGAUGGGGAGUUUGGGGAGCCGCGCAGCCAGAAGGGUCUGGACCGGUACCUGGACAGCCUCUUCGACCCUGUGCUCUCCUAUGGCAAUGGGGAGCUGGAGAAGCCAGCUGCUGUCACACAGAGGAUGAAGGGAAGAGGUGGUGCAGGAGGAAGGGAUGGUGAUGCUGAGCACAGCAGACCCCCAGUGCCUGCAGACACACAGCAGCCAAGAGGCACGGAGCCAGCCCCAUCCUUACAGCACCCGGCAGAUGCCAACCAGACACAGGGCAGAGCAGCAGAGGGGACACCAGCCCGUGCCCCCCAGCCCCGGCCCUACAUGCAGAAAGCAGCCCCCGUGGGCCGGCGGUGGCCAGGAGAGCUGGUGCGGAAUUCCCGGCUCAACUCGGAGCACUUCCCACGGCCCACACACGACAUCCGGAACAUCAUCCGGCAGUGCCAGCCUGCCCCACGGGGAUCCCAGCCCCACAGCAAGCUCUUUGGGAAGAAGCAGGACCCCCACGAGGAAGCCCUGCAGAUCCUGAAGGAGCAGCUCUCAGCAUCCCCAGUGCCAGCGGCUGCGGCCCCCAAGGAGGUGGUGGCCACAGUGAAGCCGGUCACCAGCAGCAGGUACCCACCGCGACCACCAAUGGGACGUGCAGUGGCCACCCGGUCCCCAGUGUCUGUGUCACGGGAGCUCCCAUCCGAGGCGCAGCAGAUCCAGACCCAGCUGCACCGGAGCUGCAGUGAGGACUUCUACACCUACCACAACGUGCCCUGGAAAAUAUACAUCCGGAAGGAGGUGUUCUACCCCAAGGACAGCAUCAACAACCCAUUGCUGCUCGACCUCAUCUUCAGGCAGAUCUUCAAUGAUGUGCUCUCCAACACCUGCAUCCGGCUCAGCCAGGAGGAGCGGCUCCGCAUGAAGUCCCUCUUCGCGGAAAACAAACUGGACUCCUUCAGCCCUGUGGCCACCGAGAGCGUCAAGAGGGAGAUCAUCACAGCCGCCCGCGAUGGCUGUGAUGUGUACUUCUCUCGCCUCUUCCCUGCCACGGGCAGUGUGGGGACGGGGGUGCAGAUCCUGGCUGUGUCCCACACUGGUGUCAAGCUGCUGCGGAUGGUGAAGGGCAGCAAUGUUCCUGGGGAGCAGCUGAGGGUGCUGCGGGCAUACGGCUAUGCCGAUGUGCUCUUCGUGACCACCCCAUCCAGGAACAUGCUGGAGCUCAACCUGCGCAGCGAGAAGCUCAUCCUAUUCUCCCCCAAAGCCCCACACGUCAAGGCUAUGGUUGAUCACUUCAUCACGGAGCUCAGGAAGGACUCCCAGUACGUGGUGGCUGUGAGGAACUAUAGCCCAGAGGACAAGAGCCGGCUCAGCUUCCAUAAAGGGGACAUCAUCCACCUGCAGCCAAUGAAGCAUCCUGAGAGAGAUCACUACUAUGGCUGUGUGGUCCGCAAGAAGGUGAUGUACCUGGAGGAGCUGAAGACAGGCACCCAGGACUUCGGGUGGAAGUUUGGUGCCAUCCACAGCAGCUCCGGUCUCUUCCCUGCUGAGUACGUCCAGCCUGUGGCAGCCCCAGACUUUGUCCAUUUGCCAGCGGAGAGGAAAGAGGAGCCCAGGGACAAGCAGGGCAAGGUGGUGGCUCCAGCAGCCGUGGCCGUGGCUGUGGCCUCCACUGCUGUGGCACAGGAGCUGGACCGCAAAGGGGAGGCAUCCCCGGCCAGCACAGCAGAGGGUGACAGCAGUGAGGAGCUUGGUGCCAGCACAGGGACCUGCCCCAUGCUGCCCUUUGCCAGGCAGUAUUUCCGUGCGGCACGGCAUGGGGAGGCAAUGGAACCCUGCGGGAUGAAGGCCAAAAGGGAUGUGCCCAACGUGCUGGAGAUGCUGACAUACAGCAAGACCCCUAUCCAGGAGUCACUCAUUGAAUUUGUGGAUGGUGGCAUCAGCAAACUGGCCACGGAGACGUUCCAAGCCGUGAUGAAGUUCAUGGGUGACCAUCCCCUGCGAGGGCAGACGGAGCUGGACAGUGUCUGCACCAUCCUCAGGCUCUGUGCAGAGCAUGAGGUCCUGCGGGAUGAGGUCUACUGCCAGGUGGUGAAGCAGAUCACCAACAACAGCAGCUCCAAGCCGGAUAGCUGCCAGAAGGGCUGGAGGCUGCUCUACAUCCUCGCUGCUUACUACAAGUGCUCCGAGGUGCUCAGGCCCUUCCUGCUGUCCUUCCUGCAGGAUGCCAGCAGGCACCCGGAGCUGCCGUUCCACGGCAUUGCCAAGGCCUGUGAGCUGAACCUGCACAAAACCCUGCAGUUUGGUGGCCGCAGGCUCUUCCCCAGCAGCACGGAGCUCAGGGCCAUGGUGGCUGGACGCAGCGCCAAGCGCCAGCUCUUCCUCCUGCCUGGUGGCAUUGAGAGGCACCUCAAGAUCAAGACGUGCUCGGUGGCUCUGGAUGUGAUCGAGGAGCUGUGCUGUGAGAUGGGGCUGCAGCAUCCAGAGGCUUUUGAGGAGUACAUCCUCUUUGUGGUGACCGACAGAGGGCAGAGCGUGCGGCCGCUGACCCGCCGGGAAUACGUGCUGGAUGUGGCCGCCGAGACGGAGCGCAGGGACACCAGCUACACCUUCUGGUGCCGCCGCGUGGUCUGGGGACAGCCCCUCAAGUUUGACAACGAGCUCUAUGUCACCGUCCACUACAACCAGGUCCUCCCUGACUACCUCAAGGGGCUGUUCACUGUCCUGCCACCAGCCAGGCCGGCAGAGCAGCACUUCCCACACGUGGCCAAGCUGGCUGCCCUCCAGCACCGAGCCAAGGACCACCAUCACCUCCCCACCGCGCGAGAGAUGCAGGAUUAUGUCCCACCACAGCUCUUCCGCCUGCUGAAGGCUCAAUCCUGGCUCCAUAUGGUGACCCAGCACAUGCAGCAAGCGCAGGCGCUCAGCGCCCACCAGGCCAGGGCACAGUUCCUGGGGCUGCUGAGCGCCUACCCCAUGUUCGGCUCAUCCUUCUUCUACAUCCAGAGCUGCAGCAACAACACCAUCGUCUCCCCCUGCAUCCUGGCUGUCAACCAGAACGGCCUCAACUUCCUCAGCAAGGAGACCCACGAGCCCAUCGCCAAGUUCCAGCUGAAGGAGAUCCAAUCCACACGGACACAGCGUCCGACAGCCGGCUCCAGCUACCCCUAUGUGGAGAUCACCCUGGGCGACCUCCAGGCACAGAGCAUCACCCAGCUGCAGCUGGAGCAGGGCCUGGAGCUGUGCCGGGUGGUGGCUGCGCACAUGGAGAGGCUGUUGGGAGCACGGGAGAAGAGGCUGACGCUGCCGCCCAGUGAGAUCACCCUGCUAUGA